CGUAAAGAAUUGUCUGUUUUAUUCGCGUAACGUCAUUUAUUUGACAUUUGAUUUCUUUCUAUAUCAUGUUUGAAUGAUCAACACUCAAUUCGUUUGGAAAAUUUUUGAACAAAUAAGACAAUUUGUCAAUGUGAUAUUACACUAAUAUUAAUUUGAAAUCUAAUAUUUGAAUUUAUUCAAAAGUCAUUAAGUGGUUAUGUAAUAAAUUUCGGCAGACUUCAUAAAUAUUUCCCCAUUUAUUUAGCUGAUAUCUGAGCAGGACAAAAAUAACUGAAAUUCUACUUUCAUCAUUUCAACAUUAUGUACGACUCAGAUUCAGAGUACUACGAAGGAAGCGCUGUCCUGGGUACAUGCUGUAACGGAGCAGGUAGCGUUCACCUUGCUCGAUACAAACCAAAGAACACAUUUGUUGUGAUAAAAAAAUUUAACAUGGACAAUCGGACGCACGAAGAAUACGAUCUUGUAGAACAGGAGAUAUUAAUGACCAGACAACUUCAGCAUCCAAAUAUUCUUCCUUAUCUUGCUACUUUUGUAUCUGGUCAUAACAUCUGUGUUGUAUCUCCACUGAUGGGAUAUGGGUCCUGCAAUGACUUAAUUAAUGAAUAUUUCCAAGAAGGUUUACCUGAAAUUGCUAUCGCUUAUAUUCUGAGAGAUACACUUCAAGGACUCGAUUACAUUCACAAGAGAGGAUUCAUCCACAGGGCAAUUAAAGCCAGCCACAUACUCAUCUCCACAUCUGGACAAGCCUGUUUAUCUGGCAUGAGAUAUGCCUGUGAAAUUGUGAGCCAUGGUAAAUGGCAGAAGACUAUACAUUCUUUUCCAAAGUCAACAGCAAAUAAUCUGAAAUGGCUUAGCCCCGAGUUACUUCAACAGGAUCUCCAUGGAUACAAUGAGAAAUCCGAUACUUACAGCUUAGGAAUGACAAUUUGUGAGUUGGCCAAUGGGGUUGUACCUUUCUGCGAUACAUCGGCUACCUUGAUGUUAACAGAAAAGGUUCGAGGAAGUGCACCGCAUAUCCUUGACCGCUCAACGUUUCCUGCAAAUACAAUGGAUAUUGAAGAUCCUGCGGAAAAUGGUGAAACUAAAUUGGUCUGCGAUAAGAUUACCGGAGAUCGCAGUGCGAGUAGCGGUAGCUUGGACACAGCUAGGGCUCGGCUCCAUAAUAUGUCUAAUAGAAAAUUCUCCGAACCAUUCCAUGCUAUAACAGAAUUAUGUUUGCAAAAAAAUCCCUCCGAUCGUCCGACAAUGAAUCAGCUCUCCGCGCAUCCUUUUUUUAAACAGUGCAGGAAACAUGAUGAAACAUUGAACGAAAUUUUGCGCUGCGUAGUUCCAAUUAGUGAAAAACACAUUCACUCGGCAGGAGAUUAUCUCGUUGCUAUUUCGACUGAACAAUUGGUGGACUUGGAUCUUGAAACUUGUCAAUGGGAUUUCUGAGCCUGAGACUGUAAGUAAAUAUAAAUGUAUCGCUCAGCCAUCACUGGUGCUGUCAGGGUCUGAUCUGAUCUUGGACUACAACAGAUGUAUGGAUAGGUUGAAAAUCGAUUUUUACAAAAGUAUGACAAAGCCAUCAAGUUAUAAGGCAUAAUAAAAUAUUACCUACGGUAAAUCUAUUUUAUUUAAAGAAAAGUUCGAUGGAUUUUUAUAGAAGCAACCUGUGGCAACAAUGUUGCCACAUACAAUAAACCUGUGGCAACAUACAUUAAACUAGUUACAUGCUCAUACAGGACAAUCGUGAAACAGUUAUAAUCUCAUGUAUCUUGAACACAAUAGCUGCUAGGUCUCUGUACAAAUUUUUCUCUCAAAAUGAUGAGACUUUUUAAUAUAUUGAUUUACUCUAAAUACUUAACCAUGAAAAAUUCUACAAUGGCACAGGCGAGACCUUCUGAAAUAAUUGAAAUCUAAAUAUUUCUUCAGCCCAUUCCCUAGCUGGGCGGUUUAAUUCAAAGGACUGUAUUAAUUUUCACUAAUUUUCUAAUGACUGCACAACUUUUGUGCGUAUUGAUGUACUAUGUGGAUAAAAUACACAGACUUACUGCAAGAAACGGAAGGCACUUCUGUACAGAGACAAUAUAAGACUGUGUUCAAUUAUAAUCAGGGUAUUAAAAUUGAUGAGAUAUUCUAAAGGUCUCGUGAAAAAGAAAUCAUUUUCUUACAUUGUCCAAGACUUAGCUAAAAAUUUAAUCAUCCGAUAUGCAUUAAUUGUCAACAUUUAAUUGGUACAGGUACUGAUAUUAUUUUUUACAGCUACAUAAAUAAAAUUUUCAUACGA